AACUGAUUGUUCCUUGAAUCUCUUUAUCACUCCAUGCCUUAGGCAGUGCCUCUUCAUUCUCUGAGUAUCUAGUCUUGCGUUUGGAGAGCCCAGUGGUCCCUGAGGGAUUCAGAGCAGCUGGGUUUAGGGAGGGAUGUCCAGAGAGGGGACUAUAGUGGUUGUCGUGCCACUAUAACCAUAGAAUAUGGGUUUGGUUUGACUGGAGAGGUGUUCACCUUCUAGUGCAUUCAGGGACUUACAGUCUAUUGGGGAAUGAUCCAAGGGGAAUGUUUGAUUUGGGAGGGUCACCAGAGCCACUUACAACUCCCUUGGGAGAUCCCUGGUCCCACCUGAGCAGCUGGGGCAGGCUGCCUGAUUGGGCCAGGCAGAGAGGUGGGUGGGAGAAGAUGGAUGAGAAUGCAGAGGCUUAUCCACCUGGUUUGUUCAGGAAUGCCAGGAGGCCAGCCUCACAGCCUCACUGAGGUCAGGUUCUUCCUGAAAGUGGGACUAGAAGGGAGACUCCUGAAGACAGGGCCCGAAGAGCUGGGACUUAAUCUGACAAAAUCCAUGAGUCCAGAAGGGCGGGUUCUUCAUGUUUCUGGAGCCAGCCCUACUUUGGCAAAAAGAACCCUAAAUUCAGAGGAUGACUUUCCCUCAGGUUCAGCCAAUGGCUUUGAGGAAAGGCCUUUCUCUCUUUGCAUCUUGUUUUCUUUGUCUUUGCAAUAGGGACAGGCUGACUGACUUAACUAUAUGGGAUUUGGUUUUUACCUUUCUGCCUCCUCUGGAUAGGUACCUCUUAUUCCCCUCCUAACCUGACCUAAACUGACCUUUCUGUUCAGGGCUCUGGAAGGAGCCAACGAAGACCAGAAUUGCAUUUUUUGGCUCUAGUUGUCCUACAUCUCUCCACUGCUGAUUCUUCCUUCUAUUUUCUGUGUGACCCUAAGCAUGUUCAGCCCCUCAUUUGGCCUCAACUUCCCCUUCUAUGCACGGAGGGAGGCUGGGCUAGGAUUACUGGUGUAUACUCAGCUACUAUAGUUCCUGACCUGUAGAUACCCUUAUCUGAGUAGGGGGUCCUAGCCUACAGAGGGUGGUGGACAGGUCCCUGGGCACCGGGAAGCCUCCAGAAGCUGAUCAGGCAGAUCUUUCCAACAAACAGCAAGCCCAGGCUAGCACCAGGCCUGAUUCUGCAAAGCCUUUCACCCUCAGAGCACAUGAGGCAGCAGACGGGGACAAGCAAGGGGUUCAGGUUCUGUUGGCUUCCAUGGAGUCCUUGCUGCUGUGGACUGUGGUGCAGGCAUACAGAGCUGGGAAAGAGACUGAAGGUCUGACAAGAUGUACCAGGUCCCACUGCCAGUGGACCGGGAUGGGACCCUGGUCCGGCUUCGCUUCACCCUGGUGGCCCUGGCCACAGUCUGCUGUCCACUUGUCGCCUUCCUCUUCUGCAUCCUCUGGUCCCUGCUCUUCCACUUCAAGGAGACUACGGCCACACACUGUGGGGUGCCCAAUUACCUGCCAUCGGUGAGCUCGGCCAUCGGCGGUGAGGUGCCCCAGCGCUACGUGUGGCGCUUCUGCAUCGGCCUGCACUCUGCGCCCCGCUUCUUGGUGGCCUUCGCCUACUGGAACCACUACCUCAGCUGCGCCUCCCCGUGUCCCGGCUACCGCCCGCUUUGCCGCCUCAACUUUGGCCUCAACGUGGUGGAGAACCUCUCACUUCUAGCACUCACCUACGUCUCCUCUUCCGAGGACUUCACCAUCCACGAAAAUGCUUUCAUUGUGUUCAUCACCUCAUCCCUCGGUCACAUGCUCCUCACCUGUAUUCUCUGGCGGCUGACCAAGAAGCACACAGUAAGUCAGGAGGAUCGCAAGUCCUACAACUGGAAACAGCGGCUGUUCAUCAUCAACUUCGUCUCCUUCUUCACUGCGCUGGCUGUCUACUUCCGGCACAACAUGUAUUGUGAGGCUGGAGUGUACACCAUCUUUGCCAUCCUGGAGUACACUGUUGUCCUAACCAACAUGGCGUUCCACAUGACAGCCUGGUGGGACUUCGGGAACAAGGAGCUGCUCAUUACCUCCCAACCUGAGGAAAAGCGAUUCUAAUUCCUUCUCUCCUGCUAGGGAGAGGUGGCCCACUGCCCAGAAACUACAAACAAGAUACUGCUCUGACCUUCCCUGCCUGUGUCCUCUCUGGGCCCUAUUGAAGCUUGGGGUGGGGGGAAGGGUGAGGGGGGACAAGGGAGGAAGAGCCCAGGACAGGCUUUACCCAACCCUGCUGGCUUCUUUUCCCCACCCCACUUGAAGGCACAGGAAACUUCCAACAGCAUCACCCUUAUGUGAGAGGCCCCAAGUAGCUGAGCUCCACCAUCUGGUGCUAAAAAAAAAAAAGUCUUGGGGUUCAUAACCACCAUCGGUUCUUGGCCUUUGCAUAGCCACCUCUUGCUGAGGUCAGGGACCACUGAGCAGUGGCUGCUACCUGAAAACCACAGCUGUUUCUCUUCAUGGAGUCCUUCGCUUGAUUAACGUAACAGGUCUAAUGAUCCACUGUGUACGUUGAAGCCUAUGGCCGCAGGCCCCUGCUAAGAUGUCCCAGGUGUUCUAGUACUGACUCCACCUCUGAUUUGGUGGGUGCCCUUCCCUAUCUGAGCCUCCGUGUGUCCUUGUGGACAGUGGCGGGUAGGUGGGCUGUAUGAUUUACAAGGGCUCUGACAGUCUGUUGUUCUGACAUCAUCUUGUGGAGAUGGUGUUCUGUACCCAAAAGAUGACUUGCUCCUGAAAAGGCAGUGGCACAGCAUGUAUUAUUUCCCUUCCCUUCUGAAAUCUCUUCCUUACCAACACUUCCUUAACAAAGGUAUGGAGUGGAGGGGUCAGAAGCAGAUUUCUUCCCCCAAUCCUGACCUCUUUUAGUUGUAUAUUUUAUUUUAAAGGAAAAUAAAUUUUUUCUUUCCCAACA